AUGGCAUUAGAAGCAGAGGAGGAAAGGAAGCAUAUUCGCUCUUGGGAUCAACCCGCUCGAAUCAGCAAGAUCAAGAGUUCACUUGAAGAAGUCAUCGCCACCAUCGAUCCAAAGGAAGCAGAGACACAUCAGAUGCUAGGACACCUGACUGCGGCCCAUAAG